AUGGAGACAUUCAAGGAAGAUUUCAAGCAGAUAGGAGAUGAUGCGGUGAUUCUAAACGAUGACUUUCUCCAUUUAAGGUGUGAUACUCAUAUCAUUAAUUUGAUUGUGAAAGAAGGUCUGAUGGAGAUAGUUAACAGUGUGAAUGCUAUCCGUAAUGGCAUUUAUUUUGUAAGAUCUUCCACACCUAGGCUCAAGGCAUUUGAGAAUCAUGUGGAAUCAAGAAAGAUUCAAAGAGGAAGCUUGCCUCUAAAUGUGAAGAGUAGAUGGAAUUCGACUUAUGUGAUGAUAUUGUGGAGGAAAAAAAAAGGGGUUGGACCACCAACCAAAGAUGAUUGGGAUUCGGCAGACAGAUCCAAGUCUGAAGAUCUCAAAGAGGAAGUGAGGGAUAUUUGGAAGAAUCUGUUUAACGAGUAUAGCAAUGCACUAAACAAGAAUGGAAGUGGUGAAUCAGGUUCAUUGGCGCAGUCAAAUGAAGCGUCUACUAGUUCUGGUCAGUCUAGAGAAGAAGUUUAUCAGAAAACGGUUCUUGGAAAUGGUCUACAGUAUGAAAGCAUGAAUGACAUCUACAAGGAGUUUCUCGAAGUUGGAGGUUUUCAAGAGAAGCUGAAUGAGUUGGAUUUGUACUUAAAAGAGAAGCUUGAGAAUCCAAUUUCUUUUGAAGAGACAGAUUACGAUGUGCUUUCUUGGUGGAAGGUGAAUACUCCAAAGUUUCCGGUUCUCUCCGUGAUAGCUAGAGAUAUACUUGCAAUGUAA